AUGGGCGGCGGCGACGCCGGCGACGAGUACGACGUCGUCGUCAUCGGCAGCGGCAUGGGCGGCCUCGCCUGCGGCGCCAUGUGCGCCAAGUACGGCGAGAAGGCCAUCGUCCUCGAGAGCCACAUCAAGAUGGGCGGCUCCGCGCACUCGUUCACGAAGGUCCACAACAAGGAGAAGUACAGCUUCGAGGUGGGCCCGUCGAUCUUCGAGGGCCUGGACAAGCCGUCGCUGAACCCGCUGCGCAUCCUGCUCGACGUCCUCGACAGCGAGCUGCCCGUGGAGACGUACCAGGGCCUCGCGUACUGGGUCCCCACGUCCAACUUCGACGGCACGGGCCCCGCGCCCGGCGGCUUCUACGAGUCGCUCCGGGAGCACGCGUCCGACGGCGAGCUGGCCAUCAAAGAGUUCGAGGCGCUCCGGUCGCGGCUGAAGACGCUCGGCGGGUCGACGACGGCCGUGUGCUUGUUCAACCUCCGCCAGGACCCGGGCUUCCUCGCGACGACCGCGGGGAGCCUGCCCUACGUCGCGACGCACCCCGACGUCUUCGCGGACCUGCCCCUCACCUUCGACUCGCUCCACAAGACCGUGGACCAGCUCGUCACGGAGCCGUUCCUCCGGAACUUCAUCGACACGAUGUGCAUCUUCUGCGGCUUCCCGGCCAAGGGCGCCAUGACGGCCCACAUGCUCUACAUCUUGGAGCGCUUCUUCGAGCCGGGCUGCUCCUACUCCGUGCCCAAGGGCGGCACGGAGAACAUCGCGCGGGCGCUGCACCGGGGCGGCGCGCAGUUCGGCAUGGACAUCUCCCUGAACACGCACGUCGCGGAGAUUUUAGUCGAGGGCGGCCGGGCCUGCGGCGUCCGGCUCAAGAGCGGCAAGGUCAUCCGCGCGCGCAAGGCCGUCGUGUCCAACGCGACGCCCUUCGACACGGUGAAGCUGCUCCCGGCGCAGGACGAUCUGGACCCGGAGAUGCCGGGCUUUUCCGCGCUCCAGGAGUGGCGCCAGACGCUGGGCACGCUGCCGCGCCACGGCGCCAUCCUCCACCUCUUCGUCGCCGUCGACGCGGAGAAGGUCACGGCGAAGAACCCCGCGCACCUCAUCGUCCAGGACUGGAGCCGGUCCAUGCAGGACUCGCAGAAUCUCUGCUCCUUCUUCAUCCCGUCGCUCCUGGACCGCUCCGUGUGCCCCGAGGGCAAGCACGUCAUCCACGUCUACUCGUCGGGCGGCGAGCCCUACGAGCCCUGGGAGCAGCUCGAGCCCGGGUCAGAGGCCUACGAGGCCUACAAGGAGGAGCGCGCGAACAUCCUCUGGGAGGCGCUGGAGAACUGCAUCCCGGACGCGCGUCAGCGCGCCGAGUUCCACAUCGUCGGGUCGCCCCUCGCGCACGAGGCGUUCCUCCGCCGCGACCGCGGCACCUACGGCAUGGCCUGGGCCGCGGGCACGUCCGCGCCCUACGCGGGCCUCCUCAAGUUCACGCCCAUCCCCUUCCCCUUCCCGAACCUGAAGACGCCCGUCGACGGCCUCCUCCGCUGCGGCGACUCGUGCUUCCCGGGCAUCGGCACGCCCAGCGCCGCCGCGUCCGGCGUCAUCGCCGCGAACACGAUCGUCAACGUCGAGACGCACAUCGCCAUGCUCGAGGAGACGGCGAAGAAGGACCCCAUGUACAAGUUCCUCAGCCCCGGCCCCUUCCAGUGGCUCUACCGCGGCCUCGUCUCCCCGCUCACGCCCUCCAAGGAGCUCCGCGGCUCCGGCGUUUUCCAGCCCUCGUCGGGCGGCCGCGUCUCCGCGGCCGCCGAGGCCGCGUCGCGCUAG